GGCUGCUGCACGUGUGUGCAAUCAGAAGCAGAAUUCCUAGGAUGAGUGGAAGUGAGAGUAACACUGUGUUUUUCUGCUUCAGAAUUCCAGUUUGAACAUGGCUGUGGAGCGGGAGGCGGACGUCCUGCUGCUGCUGAUCCACGACCACCUGAAGGCGAUCGGCUUCGACCGAGCUGCCGAGCUGCUGGAGAAACAUGUUCCCCAGGAGGAAACGGCCGAGCAGAGUUUGAAGCUGCAGGACAUUUACACAGGAUGGUUAAAACUCCACCCUCUCAAUGGUAAACACCACACAAACGGCUCGGCCUCUAUGAAAAGGUCAAAGGCAGAAACUGUGUGCAGCGAUGAAGAUGAGGACGAAGGUGUGAAGACCAUCCUGCUGAGCGACACCACAGAAGAAGACGGCGUGAACUCUGACCCAGCAGCAGGGUCAGAGGUCAAUGGUGAGGGCACCGGGACGUCCAACGGUGGAGAGAACGGCCACCAUGUGGAGGCGGAGGCGGAGCCAGAGGCUGGUGAAAGUCAGGAAACGGUUCUGGUGCUGUUGGAUUCUUCUGACGAUAAGGAGGAAGAAGAAGAAGAAGAUCAGGAGGAGGAGACGGGAACACAAGAGACGUGUCGUCUUCAGUCUGCUUCCCCUGAAGCCUCAACCGUCGACGCAGCAGCGGUUCCUGAAGAAGCAGCCGAUGAUCUGAGAACGGCUGUGGACGAUCAGCCUCAGGUGUCCAGCCCCGACGUCGCCAUGGUGACAGAGACUGACCCGGUGAAGCAGGUGGCAGAGGAAGCCACCGAGGCAGCUGAUGACUGUGAUGCAGCGGAGCAGGCUGCUGUCAGUCAAACGGAGGCCACGCCUCCCUGCACGGGGGGAGUUGAAGGUGAAGAAGGUGGCGCUGCAGAGCCGACGUCCCUCCAGUCAGACCCCAUCAGCUCAGAGUCAACAGAGUGUGAAGCCCCGCCCCCUGCAGAAACAGAGAUGACUGUGGCUGCGGAGGAGCGGGCAGAUCCAGAUGCCUCCAUCAUCAUUAACAUCCUGGAGGAGACGGUGGCCGAGGGGGAAACUGCUGGAGAGCUGCUCCCCGUGGAGGCGCAGUCCUGUGAUGAAGUGAAAACUCCCAGGAAGAAGAAGAAGAAAAACAGAAGGGACACUUCUGCCGGGGAGAAGAAACAAGUGGAGGAACCAGGAGAGAAAGCAGGGGAGGCAGAGAAGGGGAAAAAGAGGAAAAGGAGCAGCGGAGAAGCAGAACAGGAAGAGGAGGAAACUGCUGUCGCUCCAUUAGAACUCAAGACGAAGAAGAGGAAGAAGAAGAAAGUUAAAGAUGAGGAGGAGGAGGAGGAGGAGACGGCAGCUGUGGUGUUGGAGGAGGAGAAGGUGGAGGAACCUGUAAGAGCAGAGCCAAAGAAAAAGAAAAAGAAAAAAAGGGAAGGAGAGGAAGUGGCCGUGGUGCAGUCUGUUGAAAAACCAGCAGAGGGCAGCAAAGACCCAGAAGACAAACUCAAAGAAGACGACGUCCACUCUUUUAAAAAGAGAAGUCAGCGGAAGAAACUGAGUAAAAAGAAGAGGCUGCGUCUCCAGAAGAAGAGGAGCGGCAGCGACGUCUGUGCAGAACAGACCACUCAGACCACAGACCACAAAAGGCUGAUCCCAGACGCAGGGGGGGAGACACGUGGACCAAAACCAGCCAAAAGACCUCAAGCUGAUCUGAGCCAGGACCAGAACCAGGACCAGGACCAGGACCCACCGAAGAAGAAGAAGACAAAGAGACAGAGUGAGAAGGAGGAGACACCUCCAACAGAAGAUCAGCCUCCGCUGAAGAUGAAGAAAAAUAAGAAGAAAAAAAUGGAGAGCUUGGAUGACAGCGGGACAGUGAGCGACCUGACGACCGAGAACGUCCGCGGUGUGGACUCCUCCCCCUGUCCACCUGAGGAGGUGAAGAGGAUGAAGAAGAAGAAGAAGAAGGUGGGGGCAGGAGGUGAAGAGGAGACGACAGAACCUCAGACCUUUGUCACAGACGGAGCUGCAAAAAAAAAGAAGAGGAGAGAGGACGAACGAGAGGUUGCAGCAACUGUUGUUGUUCAAGCUAAGGAGAAGAAGAAUAAAAAGAAGAAGAGUUCAGGUUAGAUCUGGACCCCGCCCCCAAUCCAGUGAUGUCAUCGGGACCACAACCAACGGUUGAACCUGGAAGAGCCAUGAAAAAAACAACAUCGACAACCAGACAAUCUGUGAGGUUUCUUCUCAUCUUAAGCUUGAUUUAAUUUAUCUUCUAAACUUAGAGGCAGGAUUAGCACGAAACACUCUUGAACUGACGUGAAGACACUUACACUCAGUACUUUGUAGACUCUUAUAGCAGUGUUUCUCUGUCAGAUGAAUAAAUUGUAAACUAGUCAGUGUGACGUUGUUCCAUGCUGCAUUUGUGGGCGUGGCCAGGCGAGGUUUCAUUAACCAAAUACAAUAAAGUGAUUUACGUAUGUCAUGAAAUCCUGUAGAUACAGUUUUUAUUUAGUAUAUU